UUCAACUCUGAAAAUUCUCUCUCUCAUCUACAUAUCUAUCCACCUAUCUAUAUCUAUGUACACAUAUAUACCCCUAAACUGUAGAGUAAUCUCUCUCUCUCUCUCUCUCUCUCUACUAAAUGGCGCUCUCUCUGCCAAAACCCUUCUUAGAGUCCGCAGAAACAGAGUUUUCUGGUUUAAUGGAGACCCAAAUUGGAACCCAAGCCUUGAAGAAACAAAUUCUCAAGAGGGGAACUUCAUGGAAAACUCCAUGUGUGGGUGACGAAGUCCAAGUCCAUUACAGUGUUUGUGUUCAGGACAGGGCGUAUUUCGAUUCAACUCGUGACAGAGGAACUUCUUUUGGGUUCAAAUUAGGCCAAUGUAUGUUCUUCAAUUCAAACUUCCAUUCUUCUUUCUCACUUGUGUUCAUAUUUAUUUCUUCCAAUUUCUAUUUAAUUCUCUGUGUUAAUGUACAUUGUAUAAUUUACCAUCACCUACCACACACUUACCAUCACCUACCACACACUCACCUACUACACUCACCUACUACACUCACCUACCACCACCUACUCCCUACACCUACAUCUAUAUAAGGAACCCCUCAUUUGUAAUACAGAAACACAUCAAUCAAUACAUAAUUCAUUUUCCCUGUAUUUCUCUCUUUAUACAUUGAAUUUUACAUGGUAUCAGAGCUAGGUUAAGAACAUAAUAUUUUCGUUCCACCGGCGGGCGGCAAUCUCGCCUUGGCCGCCCGCCGGACAAACCCAACACAGCCACACAUAGACGCCAUUCUCUCUUCUCUCUCUAACACACUGUUCUUCUCUUCAUCCACUCAAUUCACCUUUAUUCUGAGCAACCCAUGUCGAAAGACUCCUUCUUCGAAGCCAAUUCCAUCACUUUUUGGCAAGACACAGAGGCAUUGAGAGAGUUCAAGAACGGACUCGAUCCUAACUCAGUCAGACCCGGUUCGUGUCUGAGCUCAUGGGACUUCACUCUCGAUCCAUGCGACAACCUCUUCACAUGUGGGUUUCGAUGCGACCUCGUUAUUUCAACAAUGAGUCGAGUCACCGAACUCGCUCUCGACCAGGCGGGUUACGUGGGUUCACUCGCUUCCACCUCCUGGAUCCUCCUCCACCUGCUACUGUUACUCCUUCACACCCAACUAGCCCGGCCCGAACCAAAUCAUCGGCUCCGGACUCCAAAGUCCUCCUCCGCAGACAAGGCAUCUUCCUCUUCGCUCCGCUUCUUUACAUCUCCGGCAUGCUCUUCUACAUGGGAACUGUCUCCUUCGACGUUGUUCCGAUCAUCAAUCACCGUCCUGCUCCGGGCUCCGUCUACCGGUUUCCCUUCCGACUCUGUUCUUCCGUCUCACCUCGAGACUCGCUUCCGCAGGCUCAAGUCCUUACCAACAACAACCACCAAAUCAAUGUCUCCUCUCGGCACCUCCUCUCUUUGGCUCUCUAUGAUGGAAGAAGCUUACUGGAGCAGCAUGUUGGAGCAACAUAGUGAAGCCAAAAGUAGCAGCAGCCUCGGCCCGAGUCCUUCUCCCCGACGAAGACAGCAGUUCUGCUGCUGAGCUAAGAUUGAAGCUCGAGGAAAUGAACUACAUAGAUGCUUCUUGAUACUGUU